AUGGCUGACACUCCUGAGAAACCGGAGCUACGAAAGCUUCUCAAACGGUACAGAGUCUUCCAUGAUCAGAAUAAGCGUGAAGCGCCUGGCCACGAGGAUCACUUCCAAGCCAUACAAACCUUAGGAGAGUACGAUGCGAAGCACUACCGUUCGACUGUCACCAUAGACGAAUUCGAGGCCGAAAUCGAGCAACUUCUCAAAAAUCUGAAAGGCACUGGCAAGAAGCCCGAUCGUCUAUUCGGCUUAAGAGUCACGAAAAGGCUUGAAAGAAUUCUUGACGACGCAGAAGGCCCGACUGGAGAACCUAUCAGGAGCUUCAUCAGAACGAGUCCGUUGACAGCCAACUGCCAACCGCUCUUGUUCCCGUUUCUGGUCCUGGAGGCCAAAUCCGAAAAGAGCGACGAUACAUUCUCAAAGAUUCGGCUUCAGACCAGCUUUUCCAUUCGAGCUCUGCUCAAGCUCCAGCGCGACCUGGCAAGCGCUGUAUUCGAGCAGCAACAGCCGGUCAUGAAACCUCUGGUAUGGUUUUUGUCCAACAAGGGAGAGGUAUGGCGUCUGGCUGGCGCAUACGUGCAAGAAACGAAGGACGUCACGAGACCAAAUUACCGUAUAUUGGACCUCUGGGAAGGCAAUAUAACCUACGAGCAACAUGCACUUCGCCUCCUGCUAACUCUGGACUACAUCUUCGAUUGGGCUCGUGAUGUAUAUCGCAAAGAGAUCACGAAUUGCUUACUCUCCCUAGCUGCGCACGCGACAGCAAGUCUGGCCGCUGAGACUGAUGUUUUCAGCACGCUUGGAAACCUCGUCGAUAUCGGACAAAUGCAAGACUUCGACGCAGAGCCUGUUGACCAGAGACCUCAGCCUUUUGACGUGCCCGACCUAUACAAGGCCUUUGACACGAACACUCUCGCAAUCCGCGAUGCUCGAUACAUCCGAUUCACCUAA